AUGGCCUUUGAGGAUGUCCUACCUGAAGUUGGAGAUAAGGGAAGAUUCCAAAUCCUUCAGGUCCUUUCUUUUGCUCUCCCUUUAAUAUUUAUAAGUAUGCAAUAUCUAAUAGAGAACUUCACUGCCUUUGUCCCUGAGCACCGGUGCUGGGUUCACUUGCUUGACAAUACCUCAGCUUUGCUCAAUGUCAGUGGGAAUCUUAAUUUUAGUUCCCUUCUAAAGCUUUCCAUCCCCUUGGAUUCCAAUGGGAAACUAGAGAAAUGUCACCGAUUCUUCUGGCCACAGGGGCUCCCCUUGGGUCCAAAUGUCACAGGACAAAACCUGAGCCAGCUGGAGAUGGAGCCAUGUGUGGAUGGCUGGGUCUAUGACCAAAGCAUCUUCACUUCUUCCAUUGUGACUGAGUGGGACCUGGUGUGUGACUCUCAGAUACUGAAGUCCUUGUCUCAGUCAAUAUUUCUCUCUGGGAUUCUUGUGGGAUAUCUCAUAUGGGGCUAUCUCUUAGAUAGGUUUGGGAGAAAACGGAUGCUGCCUCCAAGUUACCUAAUGAUGGCUGUCUUCAGCACUGGGGUUGCCUUUGUCCAGUCAUUUCCAGUUUAUUGUUGCCUUCGCUUCCUGCUUGGGUUUUCAAUAUCUGGAAUCAUACUUUGUGGUGGGACUCUUGCCAUGGAAUGGACCACCAGCCAGCACCGGCCCCUGGUAAUAGUCAUAUUUUCACUGUGCACAAGUGUGGGGCAUCUGUCUCUGGGGGUUCUGGCCUAUGGCCUCCAGGAAUGGCGCAAACUGCAGCUGGUAGUGUCUGCUCCCUGCUUUGCCUUCUUCCUGACCUCUUGGUGGUUGCAAGAGUCUGCUAGAUGGCUGAUUGUCCGCAACAAAUACAGUGAUGCCUUAAAGGUGCUCCGAAAAGUUGCAAAAAUCAAUGGAGUAAAGGAUAAGACCCUGACUGUAGAGGUUUUGAGAUCCACCAUGAAGAUGGAACCAACUGUAAAAGUUACCCAUUACACCAUCUUGGAUUUGGUCCACUUCCCCAUCCUGCGUACAAGAACCUUCUGUUUGUCCUUCGCAUGUUUCACAACAGCGAUGCUUUUUUAUGGACUCUCUCUGGAUCUUCAGAGCUUGGGGAGCAAUAUUCAAAUGUUCCAGGUUCUUUUGGGAGUUUCUGCCUUCCUAAGCAGAGUUGGGGCCUUGUUUCUUAUGAACCUCCUUGGCCAUCGAAGGACAACAGUGGCCUGCCUCCUUCUUGCUGGACUGCUCAUACUUCCCAGUGUAUUUCUGCCUCAAGGAAUUUUGCGUGUGGUUUUGGCAAUACUAGGAAUCAGCUGUAUUGUGGUCUCCAUUUCCUGUAAUGGUGUCUAUUCUAUGGAGCUCCUACCCACAGAAGUCAGGGGCAUGUGCUAUUCAUACAUUGCCGUGGUAGAUCGGAUCGGGGCCAUGCUAGCCCCAUUGGUCAAUAUGCUCAAGUACUACAUUCCAGCCAUGCCAAAAAUCAUCUUUGCAGUCAUAGGCAUCACUGCCAGCCUUGUGGUCUUCUUAUUCCUACCUGAAACCCGGAACAGGCCAAUGCCUGACACCAUCCAAGAUAUAGAAUGUGGACAUUCAAGAGAAGAAGCAAGACCGAAAGAUGAGGGUGACCCUGCAGUGAAAAUAACCCAGUUUUAG